AGACUCGGCAGCAAUCCUCAAAGAGUAGAUCUACUGGUCACAUUUCUCUUAAAAGUCACAGUUUUAAAGUGGAGCAUCAGAAGGCGAGCACUUGCACUCUGCCUUUUUCUCUGCGUGAAUUGUGAAAGUCAAAGGAGCGUCAAAAAACUUUUAUUUUUGACAUUUUUUUCCACUUCAAGGAUUCAGGUUUGCCAGUCAAGCCGUGCACCCUCAAAGGCUGUCACUGCGGUCUUUGGGCACCGCACUUGGAUUUAGAAAGAAGGAUUUUCUCCCUUUUCUACCGCGCAAAAGCUGUUCUUUAAUUAUUUCGCAUGAAUCUCCUCGAUCCUUACCUGAAGAUGACAGAAGAACAGGAGAAGUGUCACUCUGACGCUCCCAGCCCCAGCAUGUCGGAGGACUCCGCGGGCUCACCGUGCCCAUCUGGGUCCGGUUCGGACACUGAGAACACCCGGCCGUCCGACAACCACCUCCUCCUUGGUGCAGAAUAUAAGAAGGAGGGCGAAGAAGAGAAAUUUCCCGUUUGUAUCAGAGAUGCUGUGUCCCAAGUGCUGAAGGGCUACGACUGGACUCUGGUGCCCAUGCCGGUGCGCGUCAACGGCUCCAGUAAAAGUAAACCUCACGUCAAAAGACCAAUGAACGCUUUCAUGGUCUGGGCUCAGGCUGCACGGAGGAAACUGGCCGAUCAGUACCCGCAUCUGCACAACGCGGAACUCAGCAAAACCCUGGGCAAACUUUGGAGACUGCUCAACGAAUCAGAGAAGCGCCCGUUCGUGGAAGAAGCCGAGCGUUUGAGGGUGCAGCACAAGAAAGACCACCCCGACUACAAAUACCAGCCAAGGCGAAGAAAAUCAGUCAAGAACGGGCAAAACGAUCCCGAGGACGGAGAGCAGACCCACAUCUCUCCUAAUGCGCUCUUCAAGGCGCUGCAGCAGGCCGAUUCUCCUGCGUCAAGUAUGGGCGAGGUGCAUUCCCCAGGCGAGCACUCAGGUCAGUCCCAAGGCCCGCCAACUCCCCCCACCACCCCCAAGACAGACCUCCCCUCCAGCAAAGCUGACCUGAAGCGUGAGGGCCGUCCCAUGCAGGAGGGCACCAGCCGCCAGCUCAACAUCGACUUUGGAGCAGUAGACAUCGGUGAGCUUAGCAGUGAGGUCAUCUCAAACAUGGGAAGCUUUGACGUAGAUGAGUUCGAUCAGUACCUGCCACCUCACAGCCACGCCGGGGUUGCCGGAGCAGCCCAGGCUGGCUACACCGGCAGCUACGGCAUCGGCGGCUCCUCAGUCAGCCAGGCAGCAAACGUAGGGGUGCACACCUGGAUGUCCAAACAGCAGCAGCAGCACUCUCUGACCACCCUGGGUGGCGGAGGAGAGCAAAGCCAGCAACAGAGAACCACCCAGAUUAAGACAGAGCAGCUGAGUCCGAGUCACUACAGCGAGCAGCAGGGCUCCCCACAGCAUGCCACCUAUGGGUCCUUCAACGUGCAGCACUACAGCACCUCCUCAUACCCCUCCAUCACAAGAGCACAGUAUGACUAUUCAGACCACCAAGGUGGUGCCAACUCCUACUAUAGCCAUGCAGCAGGCCAAGGCUCCGGUCUGUACUCCACCUUCAGCUACAUGAGCCCCAGCCAGAGGCCCAUGUACACUCCAAUCGCUGACACCACAGGGGUGCCCUCUGUGCCCCAAACCCACAGUCCGCAGCACUGGGAGCAGCAGCCCAUUUACACACAGCUCUCCAGGCCCUGAGGAGGCCUCAGCACUGACUGUACAACACCCUCCACAAGCAUUGACUUCUUUCUGCCAGGUGUCACCUUUGUGCCACACACCCAUCAUUGCCAACAGAAAAACAUGACAAGGAUUUUUUUAUAGUACUGAAAAUAUAUCUUUGGAUUGGCUCACAACAGUGCCUUUUGUAUUGGUUGGAAUUGUGAUUAUAUUUUUUUAGAUAUAAUGUUUAAAAAGUGAAAUCCUCUGUGAGGACAUACUGGUUAUAAAUAUUUUAGUAUGUACUGUGUAUGUGUUCUGCUCUUGUCAUCAUCAUAAUCAGUGUCAUCAGCAUCUUCAUGAUUUGUAACAUUAACACGUUUUGAGGAGCAGGAAGCCGGGUACAAACACCCUCAGUGGCCUUACUUCUCACCAAUGUAUUUCUUGUACAAAAGUAAGAAACAUCUGUUUACUGACACUGCCGUCUUAUGAUAGCCUUCAUUCUGCUUUGAAUUUUUGUACUGUACAUAUCUUACUGUAAUUCCCACGAGAUGCAAGAGAUGAGCAAUCCAGGUUGGAAAAAGAUUUGAAUCUUUGGCCAUGAAAUGACCGUGUCAUCAGUGAAUUUGUCAAAUAUUCUGCUCUUUCUUCUGUGCUUUAGCUCAAAUUAUUGUUGGAAGCGCUAUAGCAGGUGCCAUUUAAUUCUACUAUAGGGGCCUUACUGUGUUGGUAGAUGUAACUGAGCAUUGCUUGCUUUUAUCUAAGAACUGCCUUGAUACCAUUGGUGCCUCUGGAGCCACAGUACUGAGGCUCCUUCCUCUGGCAUUGCAGUGUCUAAAACCAUAGCAUAGUUCUAACUUCCUGCACGAGGAGAUACAGGAAGCGACCUAUGACCUCUCUCCUCUGCAGCCAGCAGGUCUAUGGCUGGCAUGGGUCUAUCACUCUUACAGCCCUGUCUUUUUUCCUAACCUUUGUUUUUCUUAAUUUAUUCCUUAGCAUUAAUUUUAUUUGAGAUAACUAUUUGCAAUUAUCAUUUUAAUUCAGCAGCAGCUAACUGAGAUGAAAAGUUUUCAGUGGAAUAAUUUGCUGCCAUAUGUGGUACAAGUUUGUUUAUUUAUCAUUUGUAAAUGUUUCCGUAUAAAGGUUCCUUUUAUUCAUGAUCUAGUUAUGUACAGAUUACUUAUAAUUACACAAUGAGUCUUUCUCUAUAAAAUAAAAGAAAAACUGGAAA